UUAUAACCCAGCCUUUUAAGAAUAGUAUAGUUAAACAGUAGGUUUGUUUGCGUCUGUAUCUAUCUGAUGUAAACAACAAUGGCAGCCGUACCAGAGUUAUCAAGCGUUCUAGUGUUUGAGAAUGACAUUGAUAAUGAAUUGAUGUGUGUUUGGGUGUAUCCAAAAAUCGAAAACGAGUUUAAAAAAUUACUCACUGAGAAAUGCGAAUUAUUAGCAUCAGAACAUCAAGAUACGACUUUUUGUUAUGGCCAGAACAAUAAUUCGUGGUAUUACAUUAAAAGAAGCAACAUAAAAGAUGCAGGUGUCAAUGACAAGGUGAAGGAUGUGUACAUGAUUAUCACAGCCCAAAAUUUCAAUCCAGAACUCUACCAGGCUAUGGGUGAUGUAUUCAUGACAAGUUAUUUUAUCAAUACAUCGAAUGUUCUCACUCAGUAUCUGUCAAUGUACACAAAUGGCUACAGUAUGAAGGACGAUGCAACGAAACUGUCACAUACAGAUUUCAACAAGAAGAAAGCUUAUCUUCAAGUGUGUAUGAAAGAAUUGAUAAUGUUAUUUGGUGUGGAAUCGAUACUGAUGUAUACAGGGUUGUUGCUGAAGAAAAGAAUAGUUGUUUACUCCCCUAAGUUAGAUACCCUUUUACACAUUUGCAGAACACUACCUGCGUUUGUUUUACAUCGAUUAAACUGGAACAUUGUUUACCCGUUCGUUCAUUUUACUGCAGCAGAAGUAUCCGAGUUGAAAACGCUACGAUCCUAUGUAGUGGGAGUGACGGAUAGCUCUGUUGAAAACCAACCUGAAUACUAUGAUUUGUUUCUUAAUGUACCUGACGGGGAAAUUGUAAUCAAUCCACGAUCCAAGGAAUACUUUCAGAUGGGCAAGAUGCAUAAAGACAUAGCAAAAUAUUUGGUUCAAGCUAGCGAGGACGAAGACACGAAUGAUGAAGAUAUUAUCAAGGAAUUAAAGAAAAGAACAACAGACAUUAUUUCAAACUUAAAAUCUCUCGACAAAGCAGAUCCUGAUGAUCCAAAGAUAACUAUAGAAUUGCUUCAAGAGAGGAACCUGACCACUACAAUGCAGUCAUUUUUAUAUAAUUUAGCUUCUGCUGAGGGGAUUGUAAAAUUGUAAUUAUAAGUUCUCACAAGUCAUAAUUACUUAAAGAUGAGCAGAUUUUAGAGACCCUGUGACUGACGCUUUUUUGUGGUAACCAUCGGGGUUUUUUUUUGUAAGAAACGCACAUAAUGACAAAACGAAAAUAACAUAAAAUUUGAUCAAGUCAUCGAUUGGAACUCUUCUAAAUUAU